AUGAUUGAUGGCACAGUGCCACCAACCAGUGUCCUUGUCGUGGAAGACAAUAUAAUCAACCAGAAACUGCUGGGAGCAUUUAUGAAACGGCUGAACGUGCGUUGGAAAUGUGCAGCGGACGGCGAACAGGCAAUACGGAAAUGGCGACAAGGUGGUUUCCACCUAGUGUUGAUGGACAUCCAGUUGCCGAACAUGAACGGGUUGGACGCUACCAGAGAGAUCCGGCGGCUCGAGCGGCUGAAUAAAAUCGGCGUCUUCUCCAAGACAACUUCCAGUCGCUCUAGUAUCUCAAGCCCUAACGCUAAGUCUCCAUUCCGCAAUGAAACGGGAUUUCAGCGCUCUCCUAGCGAAGUCGAUACUCUGGCCAAUAUUUCUGUAUUUCGCAGUCCGGUGGUCAUUGUCGCACUAACGGCCAACAGCUUGUAA